AUGUUCGGAGGCUCCAGCUCCAACUCCAACUCGAUAGAUUCCAGCAUCCAGACCGACACCGCCUCUGACCGCAAGCCUCCCUCCCCCAACGCCGCUGCUCCCCAGCCCAUCGCCGCACCUGCUACCAAGAGCACCGAUCAGGCAGCCAGUGGUGAGAAGCGCCACACCAAUGGGAGUCCGCCCACCAGGCAGGAAAACGGCGGUUCUACAGACAAGAAACGCAGAAGCAGCAGCGUAAGCAGCAAGGCAAGCAGUCUCUUCGCCUCUGCUAGAAGCUCUUUUGGCUUCUCCCCCAGCUCCCGCCACAGCCCCAGCAUGGCCUCCCCCCUUCAGAAGCUUGGCAAGCAGGAUCCGGCCCUGGCUGUCCCCCAGGGUAGCCAGAACAACUCGGCUGGCGACUCCGUCCCCGGCCCCAGGUCGACUUUUAGAGUUGGCGUCUGGGAGGAUCGCAAUAGAAAAUGUCGUCGUACCAUGGAAGAUACCCAUGCUUUCCUUUACAACUUUCUCGACGCCAAUGCCCUUGACGGUGCCGCCAGCUCCAAGUCUGACAAGUCCUCCAUUGAUACAUCAAGUACAGAAAUCGCAGAAUCCGACAAUGGAUACUUUGCCAUCUUUGAUGGCCACGCCGGCACCUUUGCCGCUGACUGGUGUGGCAAGAAGCUCCAUAUUGUUCUCGAGGACAUUGUUAGGAAGAAUCCCCAUGCGCCUCUGCCAGAGCUCCUCGACCAGACAUUUACAAGUUGCGAUGCGCAGUUGGAGAAGCUCCCUCUCAAAAACAGUGGCUGUACUGCUGCUAUUGCUGUAUUGCGCUGGGAGAAGCGCUCUGCCAGUGACCGCCAUCACGUCGCCGUCCCCACCAUCGCCAUGCCGACCGUCAAGAAUGGCAAGCUGCCCGAAUCAAACAGCGAUAUGGAAAAGGCCAACCCGGCUGAUAAAGAGGCGUCUGCGACAACGCCCUCAAAACCUCAACCGAAUAAGCAGCGCGUUUUAUAUACUGCCAACGUCGGCGAUGCCCGCAUAAUCCUAUGUCGUAACGGCAAGGCGCUCCGUCUGUCAUACGACCACAAAGGCAGCGACGAGAAUGAAGGGAAACGUAUCGCCAAUGCUGGUGGUUUAAUUUUGAAUAACCGAGUCAAUGGUGUUUUGGCCGUUACUCGCGCCCUCGGUGACGCAUACAUGAAAGAGCUUGUCACAGGCCACCCUUACACCACGGAGACAGUCAUCCAGCCCGAGCUUGACGAGUUCAUCAUUAUUGCUUGCGAUGGACUUUGGGAUGUCUGCGGCGACCAAGAAGCUGUCGACCUCAUCCGGGAGAUGCAGGACCCCACUGCUGCCUCGAAGGCACUCGUCGAGCACGCCCUCGACUGUCUCAGUACUGACAACCUGUCGUGCAUGGUCAUUCGCCUCGACCAGGAUGCCAUCCGCCAAGCUAGCAAACCUGGUGCUGAGCCCGUUGGUGGUAGGACCACCACCGAGGCGGACAAGAUUGUCGGCGAGACGAAACAAAAGAUUGCCGACGGUUCGACAGCCCCCAUUGGCGUCUCCACCACCAACAGCGGCCGCGGCUGCGAUGCCGCCUCGGCCUCCACCCCCGGCCGCGCCGCCGACAACGAGGAAGUGGCCGUCGUAGACGACGACGAGGACGCCGAGGUAACGCGCGCCGGCGAGGACACACCCGUAGAAGAAAAGCCCGCAAGGGGCGGCACCGUGCUCUAG